GAGUAGUGUGAUGGCAUUUGUGACUUGUGACAGUAAAAUCUGUCCAAGUAAUCUAAAGUGGCAAAUAAAACAAUACCAUUCAAUUGAUAAAAAACUGUGACGCAUAUUAAGUAUAAAUAAAAUUUCUGUUCAUUUAGAUUAAUAACAAAUAUAAAAAAAAGAAUACAGUGAAAUAAAAAAAUUCCUCAAGUUGCCGGACUAUUGGAGAACACUAAUGGUCUUAACGUAUUAUUUUACGCCGUUACAACGCUGAACAUGAUGGAAUUUAUUUUCUUUUUUUUUUUUUUAUUACUUCAGAAUUAUGCUAAAUUAUCACCAACUGUUAUAAUAAUGGAUAAUAUUUAACAAAGAAAUAAUUAUUAAAAAUAAUUAAUAAAAUAUUAUUCUUUCGAUAGAAUGUAUGGUAAUAAAGAGCCAACUGAGGAGAAAAAAAGUGGUAAAUUAUUUAGUGAUACUAAAAUUACUGAUAACAAAAUUGAUUUAUCAGAAACAAAAAAAAAACAUUCGACACAGCAAGAACACAAAUUUAUUUCAAAUUCAGAACUAAGUAAUUGUCGAGUACAACCCUAUCCAUUUACAUUUAUCUCAGCUGUAAGGCAAAAAUUAGCUUUAGCUGUCCAACAUGACAAUGAUGAUAUAAAAAAAAAAUUACCACAAGAUUUGGUGGGGAAUAAAAUUGAAAAAAUGGAUUUUAUAAAGCCACUAAAAGUACCUAAAAUAAAUCCUAAAAUAUCAGAUUAUUUUUCUUCGUCUCGUGAAAAUACAACACUGCGAAAAAAUUUAUCACCAAUUCAAUCAGUAAUUCAACAAUCAGAGGAAAUUAUUUUGCAUAAAGAGAGUGAUAGAAUUUCUAGAAGCUCAGAUCGUGUGAGUAGGAAAUUAGAUUUUUUAUCGUCUCAAGAAUUAUUAAAUGAUGAUAUGAACGUGAAAACCCCAGAUGUUUCAUCUCAGUCAUUUUCACGAAAAAAGUUUGACCACUCGCGUGAUAAUUCUCGUGAAAAAGAAAAUCGUAGCAAACGGAUUAAAAAAGAUGAUUUAAAUUUAUCAAGAGAAGGCGAUUCAUCUAUCGAAAGUAUAAAACGAAUAAGAAAUUCAAAACAUGUUUCACGCCGAGAUAUUAAAGAUUUACUAUCAAAUUCUUCAAUAAAAAGUGACCGGCAUACAACGCAUUUAAUAAAAGAUAAUGAUCCAGUAAAAAAAACGAAAACAAAAAAUUUUGGGUUAUCUAAUAAAAAAGAUGAUGAAAAAAAAAUACGCUCAGCAAGUUUACAUUCAGGAAAAUUAUCAAGAGAUAAAUCUCUCGAAGCACGAGGAAAAACAACAAGCAGUGAAUCGAUAAGUGAUCGCAAUUAUAAACUUCAUGAUUAUAUUACCGUCAGAGAAGGUUCAAGAUCUUCAAUUAUUGAUACAAAUCAUAAAUAUAAUAGUAAUGAUUGUCAAAGUCAAAGUUCAAAUGGUUUAUCUCAAAUUUCCGAUCAACAAAAAUAUCAUAUUGCAUUAGAUAGUAAACAAUUGAAGCAUCAAUUUAAUCCAAAAGAAUCAUAUAAGAAAAAUUUAGAAAAAACAAAAUUAUCAACAAAUAAAAUCCAUCAUCGAUCAAGUGGAAUGUCAGUUCAUGAUUCUCGUUCAGAUGACAACGAAUUAAUUACUAAAUCAGAUAGCAUAUAUACAGAAUUAUCAUCUCAGCAACUGAAAAAUAAAGAUGAUAAAAUAAUUGCAAUUAAUAAUCCCAAUCCAUCGCAAAAUUUAACAUCAUUUGGUGAAUUAAACAGUAUUGGUGUCAAUAAAAAAAUCGAUGCGUCUCAAUCAUCGGAUGACUUAUUUUUGGAUUCACGUAAAAUAUCAUUUCGAGAUCAUAAUUAUUCUCCACAAGAAGAGUUUUGUAAUUUAGUAACACCUAAUUUAAAUUUAGUUUCUCGGCCUAAAAGAAAAAAAGAUUUACGUUGUAAAUCAUUACUAAAGGAUGAUUUAAUACAAGGAUCUAUGAAACAAAAAUCUCAUCCAUCGAAUGAUAAACAAGAAGACAUGCCUUUAUUACACCCAACUGCACUGCACAUGCAAUUUCAAGCAGAAUUACAUUUAUUUGACUCGUACAAUGAAUCUAUUAGACAAGUUAUAGAUGUUGAAAAUUCAUUAUACAAUGUAAAACAAGAUCAAGCAAGAGAAAAAUUACAAAUGCAACAGUUAAUGGCUGAUACUAAUAAACAUAACUCAAUUCCAUCAAAAGUUCAUCAAGUUAACAGUAAUGAUUUGAUAGCUAAAGAAAAUAUUGACAUAGAAGAUGAUAAAGUGAGUGUUAAAGUUGCAGAAGUACAAACUCAAACAGCAAAUGAUAUUGCUACACAAACAGAUACAUUAUUUACACGUGAUAAUAAUGAGUCACGGUUAUUAUAUCCUGAAAUAACAUAUACAACAGAAUCUUCAAUAAAUACACCUAAGAUGUCAUUAAAAACAAUUGAAUUUGAAGAUUUUAAUCAAUUAGAUGAUAUUUCUCUGCCAAACAAAAUGAGAACAAUGUCGGAGAUAAGUUUACACGAAACAACAUCAUCGAUAAAAACUGAAACUGGCACUGAAAUAAACAUAUCAACUCGUGAUGUAACUUGUUCAUUUAACAAAGAUAUUGAUUUAGAAAUGGCCCAAUUAAUUAAAGAUGAAAAACAAAUGUAUGAUAAAAUUGAAAUGUUAUUUAAAUCCCGUGAAAAAACUUUACAUGAUCGUACAAGAAAAUUAGUUAAAUUAGAAGAACAAAAACGCGCACUAAGAGAUACGGGACAAGACAGUCGAAUUAGUUCAGUAAAAAAAAAACAACGAGCUUUAUUAUUAAAAUUACAGCAAGAAAAAGAUGAAAUGAAUCGAUUGAAAGAACUACAUAAAUUAGCAAGUCAAGAACGUAAAGUUAUGUUACAAAAACAAAGGAAUAUGUUUAAUCCACAAAUGUCAACAAAAAAUUUUUUAACUAAGCUAAAACGUAGCGCAGAUAGUCAGUCUCCGAGAAGAUUAUCAGGUCCGAUGAAAGGAUAUGAUAUAAGAAGUAAUAGUUCUAUCAGUUCAUUAAUAGACUCAGAUAAAUCGCAAAUAGAUCGAUCACAAUUAGAUGAAAAAAUGAUUACUUCUGAUGUAAGUAUAAAUGAUAAAACAAAUGAAAAAUCUUUACAAGGUUUAGAAACUUUAAUGUCUCAAAAAAUAAUUGACUUGAAAAAUGAUAAAUAUAAAAAAUUUUUUGAAGAAUCCAGUAAUUCAUCGCAUUUAGAAAUUUCAUCACCUCAAAAGUGUCAUCAAAUGAGAGCACGUAAAUUUGAAGAAAAAAUGCCAAAAAGUGAUUUAUUAUGUUUGAAAGGAUAUCAUUUAGAACUUGGAUCAAAAUUACAACGGGCACAUCAAAACAGUAAUAAUAAUAACAAUAAUAAUAUAUCUGUUAAUAAAACUUUAGAUAACUCGUCAGAUAUUAAAACUGAGUCUGAUACAUUAGUUGAAGAGUUAUCAAAAAAAUCUAAAUUGAAAGAUAGAAAUGAUAUAAUUGGUGAUAAUGAUCAUGAAAUAACUAAGAAUUUAAAGAAAAGUGAUAAGCCAAUGAUUAUUGAACGAGAUUCAUUGAAAAAAUUUCAAUAUAAUCAGGAAUCUAAAGUAAACAGUAAACGUAAAAAUACAAAAAAUUUAAAAAGUAAAUCUCCGGCUAAUGUAUUGACGGAAAAUUUAUUAAAAUCAAAGUUGAAUUUACAUACUACUGAUGAUAUUGUUAAGUACAAACGUUCAAAAGUUGAAAAAGAAUUACUGCAGCCAGAUGAUGAAUAUCGACAGCCAAUACUUGAUGGAACAAAUUUAAAUGACAGUCAAAAUUCAUUUCAAGCACUUGUUAAACAUUCACAAGCUGUUAAAGAAAAAAACAAUAAGCUUUUACGUGAUAUUGCCAAUGAACGUGGAACUGCAGAAAAUAUAUCAACACAACAUAUGAUUGAAAAUGGUUUAAUUGAUUAUAACACUACUAAUAUCAAUAUGAAAGAUGGAGAUAUACAAAAUCUUGGAAACAUAUCGACUAGAUCACAAGUUAGCACUUUUACUAUUUCACGUCACAGUUCUGGAGAUAGCGAAAAGAGUUACUCAAGAUCAGUCGUAAUUAGAUCACAACAAGAUCAUCAGUUCAAAACAUCCAAAAAGUUAGAGCAAGUCUUACAUGCACGAGAAGCUGCUCUUAACACCCGUCGCAAUUGUGUUGAAGAUUGGAUUGCCUGGCAUGCAAAGCUUAAAGCAGAAGAAAAUCGUGUUGCUCGUAUGGAGGAAGCUGCUUUAAAACUUGUCACUGCAACCACUAAUGCUUUUUCUUGCAAUGAUACAACAAUAUCUUCAGACACGAGUGAAGUAGAGGGUAGAGUUGAACUACUUGCUGAACAACUUGCAGAAAGACACGCAGAAAUGGCCAAACUUAAAAAGGAAGCUCGAAGACAAGCUAAGCAAAGAUUAAAAACUCUUGAGGCAAAUUUACUUAAUCAAAUAACUAAGUACGACAUGACGAUCAAUGAAAUGCGGAAUAAAUUAGAACAUAAACGAAAUUCAAUGAAAGAAAGUGGUAAACUAGCUAUUGAAGCAAAAUCAAUAGCUGAUUUAAAAGUACCUGAGAUACCCAUAAAACGUAUUCAAGAAAUUUAUAAAAAAAAUGAAUCAUUGCGUUCACAUUUAGAAUCUGAUAAAAAUCAUAACAAUGCAGUUUAUCAAUCAACAAGUUCAUUUGUAAAUAAAAAUAAUGAUCAACAUCAUAUAAGUCAUAGUAUUCAAUCAGUUUUAGAGAAAGCAAUAACUCCAAGUGCAUCGAAAAAAAUUAGCGAACCGUUGAAUAGUAAAAAAGUAGACAAAAGCGAAGUCAGCUCAAAACAAUCUUCGAAUAUAUUAAUAUCGUCCAAUGGGACUGGACAAAAAUCCAAUAUUUCAACAUCAAUUAAUUCAAAAAUAAGCACCAAUGCAAGUAGUAAUAAAAUUUCAUCAAACCAAUCAUCAGAUAAAGAAAUAAAUGAAAAUAGUCCAAGUAUAUUUUCAAAUAAAAUAAAUUCAUUACAUCUUAAUAAUGAUAAUCUAACUGAAGAUAUAAGUACACUAGAAAAUGAUCUCAAGACAUUAUCAGAAUUAGUAUCACGUUUCAGUAAAAAAUCAGACAAAAAAUUACGGUCAGGAUAUAAUCAACCUGAAAGUGAACUAAGUACAUUAAAAGAUAUUACUGAAGAUUUAUCUAAAUCCGAAGUUGUUGAAGCAACAAUUCACAGUAAAUCAAAAUCAUCAGAAAAUAUAAUUGAUGUAUCAAAAGUACAAGAUCAAUCAUCUAGUAUGAAGACACAAGUUGAAACUAUUCCUGAUGACGCAUCUACAGUAUUACCAACUAAAUCAUUAGAAUCAAAAUCAUCCGAUGAAAUUGAUUUUGAAGCUAAGAGCAAAGAAAUUCUCAAUGUCAUUGAAAAAUCAAUUAUUUCAGAACAUUGUAAAUUAUCAGCAAGUAAUUUUGAAAUUACUGGUGCUGCAUUAGAACAAAGUAUGUUAAAUUUACAUAAAAAUAAUGAAGCUCUGUCCUCGGACUUUAACUCAUUAGAGGGUGACAUUAAAUCAAUAUCAGAAAUAAUAUCAAAAAUGAAUUGUAGUCAAAAUUUAAGUACUGUUGCUGAUAAUUUAACAUCUUCUCAUACUUCGGACGAUUCAUUUUCACCUCAACCAGUCAACGUACCCAGUUUAGAUUUAAACAAAUUAGAACAGGAUUCUCAAAUAACUAUUGAAGAAAUUGAUAGUAAUAUAAGUAAUUCAAUGAUAAAUCAUGAUAAAUUUUCGCAUCAAGAGAUCGAUUAUUCAACAGAAACUGUAGAACAAUCGAGUGAUAAAAUAACUGAAAAUAAUGAAAGUAUUGAUGAGGAACAAAAAAAAUUAAGUAACAAUGAUAGUAAAAUAAUCGAAAAGAUUAACAGUAAUGAAAAUAUAUUAGAAACUAUUAACGACCGUAAUAAAAAUACUGAAGACACAACAUGCACUUCGGGUUUAGAAUCCAAAGAUUCUGGUCAAUCUCCAUUAAAUACUUCGAGAAAAGAAAAAAGUGAUAAAGAUGAUGUACCUUCUGAAGAGCGUAAUCACGAUUGGGAAAGUUAUAAUUCAUUAGAAGCAGUUUCGCGAGAUAUUGAAGACCAUGAAUUAUCUCAAUUAGAUGAAAAUUCAGAAGAACACAAUGAUCUGAAUGAACACACAAUGAAUUCAUAUAAAAAAGAUUCAACAAAUGAUACGGAAAUUGAAGAGUCAUUAUUUAUUCCAACUGGAGAAUCAACCAAUAUACAUGAACUCCAUGCUCAACUAAAAGAAAUGACGAUUGAUAUGCUGCAAGGAGAAAAUAAAAGUCAUACUGAUGAAUUAAGUGAUAUUUUAGAUAUUAUUGCACGUGAUCAAGCACCAGAAUUAUCAAAGCCACUUGAUAUUCCAAAUGAAUUGAACGAUGAACCACAAGACGUUCCCUCAAAUAACAAUGAAUUAAAUAUGACAACUGACUAUGAACCUGUUUUACAAAAAAUAACUGAAUCUUUACAAAGUCUUGAAAGAAAUAUUGAAAAACAUGCUCGUAAUAAAGAAUUAGGUAACGUUUAUCGUACUGGUGAUAAGGUUGAAAAUGUUGAGGAAGUAGAAAAAAUAGACUCAAAAAUAAAACUAAAUGAAUAUCUUGAUGAAGCUUUAGAUUUAUUACAUGAAGAACAUAAUGAUAAAAAUAAACUAAAUGAAGGUACUGAAAAAUUAACGACAGAGUUACAAAAUUCAAAUAAAUUAAAAAUUGAUAAAUUUAAAAAAUUCAUUUCACAUACGACCCAAGUAAAAGAUCCUGAUUAUGAAGAUAUUUCUGAAGAAAGUCUUGAAGUAUCAGAAAUUUUAGAUAAAUCAGAGAAUUUAAAAUCUCAAUCACAAAAAUCAAACAAAAUGCUAGAAAAAUAUGAAGCAGUACAACAACCAGAUAAUGUACUACGGAUACUUGAUGAAAUAUCACAAAAAUCUUUAUUGAAAAUCACCACUGAAUCUUUUAAUCAAAAACCUUUGAAUUUUAUUAUUCAAUCUGAAGAUUAUUUAGAUAUCAAUCCUAUCGAAAAUUUAAAAUCUACAGACAAUACUGGAGUUGUUAUAGAAGAAAUUUAUGAUGUUGAAAAUAAUGAAGAAAUUAAUUCGGAAAAAUAUAGCGAACAUGAUAAAGAUUUGAGUAAGAAAGAUGAUACUUCUGCGGAAAUUAGUGAAGAUGCUGAUGUUGCUGAAACACCUAGAGGAAUUUCUGAAAUUGAUAUGGAUUCAACAAAGGAUCAAAAUGAAUCGCGUUUAGAUAUGGAAAUAUUAAAUGAUAGUUUAUUAGCUGAUAAUGAAAGUAACAGUAAAUGUUCAAAAGAUUCAAAAGUUGAAUUUAAAUCUGAUGGUGUACAUACGACUUCAGAAAAAGACAUUGAAGUAAUGAUCGACAAGUUGCGAGCUUCGUUAAAUCAACCAGGAUUGGAAGUAGUAGAUUUGAAUGCAAGACUUCUUCGAAUCGAACAAUUACAAAUAGAACUACAGAUAAAACAAUUAGAAGCAGAAGAAGUGUCCUAUUACAUUAGAGAAAUUCCGAAUAAACCUCCACCGCCUUACACGCCACCCAGCAUAGGAAGUUUAUCAUCACCGGAAUCAUCACCAACAUUAUCACACGCAAUUGUACCAACAAAUAUUGAUGAGUUAACGGCCUUUACUGAGAAAGCAACAGUCAUUAUAUUUGAUGCUAAACAAUCGGGAAAAGAUAUAAUGGCGUUAGAAGCACCACCGGAAAUAAAUGAAUUACAUAAUGACAAUAAUAAAGUAGUUAAAAAAGAUCGUAAAAUAUAUAAUACAUUUUUAUUUGAUCUUUGUAAAGAAACAAUAGCUGAAGUUUAUCAAUUGGACUAUGAAAAACCCGGUCCAAGUUGGAUCAAACCGAAUGUUAAAACAAAACCAGUUAUUAAAAUUCCUAAAACAAUUGAGGAAUUAAAUGAUUAUGUUAAUAAAGAAGUAGCUACAUUGUUUGGUUUUAAAACAAAGUUACAACGCGAAAAUAUGGUAAUGCGAUGGAGUAGAAAACGACGAGAUAGAGUUGAUGAAUUAUUAGCUAGAGAAGCUCAAGCUGAAGAAGAUGAGUGGACGAAAUUUCAUCAUGAUGAAUUAGCUGUAAAAAAUGAACUAACUGUAGCGAUACUUGGUACGUUAAUUUUAGAAACAACUAAUGUUGUAAAAACUGUCUACGCUAAAAAACGGCGAAUAAUGUUUUAAUUUCAUUGCUCGGUUUAUGUAUUAAAGAUAAAUUACAUUUAUCUAUUGUUUUUAUUCUUUCUUUAAGACUUAAUUAAGUCAUGCUCAAGUACUCAUAAUUAUUAAGUAUCAAUAUCAGCAGCGAAAAUUUUUAAACCUAAGACUGACUACUUCGGGGCCAUUCUUUUGUCAAAAUUAAGUUACAAUUUUUUCUUACACUCAAUUUAAUAUGCAAAAAAAAAUAAUUGUUUUAGAUGUAAUUUUUUACUUAUGUACCUGCAAUAUUUUGUGUAUUUUCGUCUUAAUUUUUAUUAAUUAAUUUUAUUACGUUUAAUGUUAUAGACUAGAUAUUUAAUUGACAAAUUUGUGUUCUGUUAUGAUCAAAAGAGUCAAAAAAUGACUUUAAUUAUUCAUUAAACUAUUUAUCAUAAUAUUAUUAAAUAUAACUAUUGUUAAUACUUUGUCCAUACGUUAUAUAAAUAAUAAGUAUUGAGAUUGAUACGAAGAAUUUAAAUUAAAAAAUAUGUAGUGUAGUUAU